UGCUCGGGCCCGACGACGGACCGCCGCAAUGCGAUGGCGCUGGCGUCGAACCACGAGCACGACCCGAUGGACGUGCUGGUGGGCGACUGGAUGGGCGAGGCCAACAUGACGGCUCCUGCCAACCGCCAGACGGACGCGUACGAGCCGACGUUCCUCGAGGCCCUCGAGCCCGCGCCGCACAUUGCCCGCCGCGGCAUCCGGGUCGCCGUCAACGCCGACGCGGCCGACACGCAGAAGCGACACGGCGCCGUCACGAAGCGACACGGCGCCGUCGCGAAGCUGGUCGCGGCCGCGGGCCUGCAGCUGAGCGGCGCGUGGAUCUCGGGCGACGAGGUGCUCCCGCAGCUGCUCGCCGCGCAGGAGAGCGGCGACGCGGCCUUGGAGAGCGUCUGCACGGGACGGCGCCUGGACCACUGGCCCUUUGCGCCCGUGUUCGCGCAGGCCUUCGAGCAGGGCGCCGACAUGGUCUUGUGUGCACCGACAUGGUCUUGUGGGCACCGACAUUGCCUUGUGUGGGCGCGUGUCCGACGCGAGCCCGCUCAUCGGCGCGGCCUACUGGCACGGCCUACUGCUGGCACGGCUGGCAGCGCUCCGACCUGGACGAGCUCGCAAACGCCGCUGUGGCCGGCCACCUGUCCGAGUGCUCGUCGUACAGCACGGGCGGCAACUACACGGGCGGCAAGGACCUCGAGUGUCUGGGCUGGGACACGGUCGGCUAUCCCAUCGUCGGGAUUGCCCAGUCCGGUGAGGUCGUCACCAGGAACAAGGGCUCUGGCGGCCAAGUGUCGGUCAACACGCUCACAUCGCAGCUCCUGUACGAGAUGCAGGGGCCGUGGUACUUCCACUCGGACGUCACCGCGCUGCUCGACGACGUCUCGUUCGAGCACCUCUCCGACAACCGCGCCGCCCGCGACCAAGGUCGGCAUCGCCGCAAAGGCCAUCUACCAGGCCGAGAGGCGCGGGGGCUUGACCGGCCUGGACAUUCCCGCCAAGGCCCGCAUGACGGAGCACCUGAUCUGCGCGCAGAUGGGCGCCCACGCCGCCAACCUGACGCACCUCUCCUUCCAAACCAUCGGCCACUGCGCCGAGAGCCCGACGACGCAGAACGCCGCCACGGUCGACUUCCGCGUCAUCGCCCGAGCACGCAGCCCCAGCACACUUUGUCCGGCCCUGCAUCGACCCCAUCAUGCAGGCCCUCCUAGCGGACGAGUACGCGGGGAAGAAGAUCGAGCGCUGCGAGUUCCCCGGUUUGAACGCCGUGCAUUUGUUGUUCAAACCCACCUUGGCAGAGGCGUGAGCUGCACCACCAGCCUCGACUUUUUGGGCAAGAACUGCGCCGGCUUUCUGGACAAGAACUGCGCCGGCUUUCUCGACAAGAACUGCGCCGGCUUUCUGGACAAGAGCUGCGCCGACUUUUCGAGGGCGCGCGUCGUGCAUGUGCCGCUGCGGUUUUUGGCGAGGGGCCGCAUUUGACUCUUGAACCGUUUACUCGAUGCAAAUUGCUCAUCCCUACACCCCGUGGAGAUGGCUGAGCUGAUACACAGUACACACCUACAAAAGCCACGACGCUAACGGCGAUGCAGACGGCAUCGCCCCGGCCCACGCCGACCUGAUACUCAGUAGGCGCACACCCGGGUGUUCGAGUGCUUCGAGUGCU